CGCGUACGUCUGAACGUUAAACUCGCUGCCUAAAAAAUAAUCGCCACCAAACGUACUGACGUUGUUGCGUUUUAUCAACAAACGUAUUAACGGUAAAGCAACGUAUUUGUAUGUGGAAUAACGGGGUUUGUUUUGAUUCUUGCAAACAAAUCGUUUGUUCGUGCAAGUCCUGUUGCAAAAGUAAACUUUAAAACGAGUAAACUCGUCAACAUUUUGAGAGCAGUUUUGAAGACAGAGCGAGUGUAAUUGUGUGUGUGUUUGAGAAUAGAAAAAGGGGUGGUAAAAACCCAUAACCGCCCUGAAUUUUUGGUGUAUAUGAGAAUAUGCGUCUAUCGCAAUCACCACUAUAUGCUGUGCGAGUAUGUGGAUAGAUAGAUACUACAACUUAGAUAGAUUUUACAGACGCGUUUCCGUUUUCCGUUGCUGCAUUGUCAUUCGUUCACGAAUACUCGCCUAGUGUUAACGUUCACUUUUUUUGUCGAUUUGUGUACGUACGUUGUGUCAGCUAGCAGGCAGCAGCAUCAGUAGACAACCAAACAAUACGGUCGUAUAACCUCAUUACAAAUCAAUCCCCAUCAGUUGAUUAUAUACCAUCAGCCAGGUUUUAACACCAACAAAAAAUACCCUGCAAACCAAAACAAAAUAUAAAUAAAAAAAAAUCAAAUAAAUCCCUUAGAGUCGUUUUUGUUGUCUCACCAACUAAAUCUACUACUACUACGACUAGAUUGUUUGUUGUAUACACAUUUUAGCCCAGUCUAAUUACCCGCUGGAUUAAAUUAUUAAAACACUUAAGCCGUCGCGGAUUUUGUAUCAAAACAAAAAAAGUAAAACAUCAACCAACUACAAUAAAAAUAAUAAAAAAUAACGAAACGAAGUUUAAUAAAACAAAAAAGUGAAAGUGUUAAAGAAUUGUUGUAAAAAAAUGAAAUCAAAACAAAAUCAAAUCAGAUAUAAAAGUAUUAUAGAAUAAAAAUCAUAAUAAAUCUAAAAUAAUCCCUAUAAAUACUAUUAAUUCAAAGCUUUUUAUAAUAACACACAAAAAGCUUCUCAACAAUUUGUAUGGAAAAAAAUAUUAAUAACUUAAUUUAAACACUUGUCCGUAACAAAGCUAUUUUUAACAUUUGACUUUGUAUUAAUCUUAAAAAAUAUAUAUCUUUGAAAUAGCACACAAUUUCAAAUUAUUUAAAAACCCGCCGCCCCAGUUUAUUAAAUGAUUUAAUGCUAAAGUGCGUGACCGUCGGCUAGUGACAAAAUUCGAAGAAAUCAAUUUUCUUAAGCAAAACAAUUAAUAGAUAAAGAACAACAACAGCAACAGUAAAAAAGUAAUAAAUUAUAUUAAACCAUUAAUUAAACAGUAUAAAUGUGUGCUAAGCAUUUGUCUGCUUAAUUUACUAAAGUGUAAAAUAAAUCUUUUGAGAAGUCUCAUAUAAAGUGGAUUAAACUUUAACCUCGAUAAGCGUAUUUAAAAUAAAACGCAAGGCUGGAAAACAAAGCUCUUUUUGAGCAGAGCUUCAACUUUGCAAAUCCCCAAGUGUACGAUACCGGCUUCACCACGACGACUACAUUCCUGCAACACUUUAAGGACGUCGUCACGACGAAGUUCUCCGGCAGAGAUCAUCAUCUGCCGCCUCUACAUCCCCACCAACAACACACCACGUUGCACGCACAUCAUCAGCCACACCAGGCUGUGGCUCAAGGCUUUUCCACCAUUUUCCCCACAUAUCUAGGCAUGGAUCGCGCCAGUGGCGGUAACGCUGCUGGCGGCGGUCUGGGUGUAGUCUCGAGCGGUAAUCCUGGCGGCGGUGGUGGUGCCUUAAAUGGUCUCGAAGCCAUGUCAGCCGAAUCUACAGGUUUAUGCUUACAAGACUUGGUCAGUGCUGGCACUGCUGCCGGAGCUGGUUCGGCAGGUUCUGCUGAGAGUGCCACUAGUACUAGUACCGCUCUUAGUAGCGGCAGUACGGGUAGUUCAACUGUAAAUAGUAAUACAUCGGUGGGAGGUGGCAGUGAUCAUUUGCACAAUCAUCAUAGUCUGCAUGAUUCUAGUUCAUCGGUUAGCAUUUCACCCGCCAUAUCGAGCUUAAUGCCAAUUGGUAGUUUAAGCCAUUUACAUCAUGGCACCGGUCAGGAUCUGGUUUCCGGUUAUAGUCAACAUCCACAUCAUACAGUAGCACCCCCGCAUACGCCUAAACAUGAACCACUGGAGAAACUCAGAAUUUGGGCUGAAACUGGUGAUUUUCGUGAUAGUCAUAGUUCUAUGGCCGCAGUAGCAAAUGGUUUAGAAACAUCCCACUUAAAUAAUUUUCAAACAUCAUCGACGUCCUCGUCGGCGUUAACGAAUCGGAGUAGAGAUCGUAAAGAUGGUAAUAAUCGUUCCAUCAAUGAGACUACAAUUAAAACAGAAAACAUAUCAAAUUCCGGUCAUGAUGAGCCAAUGACAACGACCACCGAUGAACCGAAAAAUGAUAAGAAAAAUAAACGUCAACGCCGCCAGCGAACACAUUUUACGUCACAACAAUUACAGGAGCUGGAACAUACCUUUAGUCGCAAUCGUUAUCCAGAUAUGUCGACACGUGAAGAGAUUGCCAUGUGGACAAACUUAACAGAAGCUAGAGUUAGGGUGUGGUUCAAAAAUCGUCGUGCCAAGUGGCGUAAGCGUGAACGUAAUGCCAUGAAUGCUGCCGUAGCGGCUGCUGAUUUCAAAUCCGGUUUUGGUACACAAUUUAUGCAACCAUUUGCCGAUGAUUCUCUCUAUUCAUCGUAUACCUACAAUAAUUGGACUAAAGUUCCUUCACCGUUGGGCACAAAACCCUUCCCAUGGCCUGUUAAUCCACUCGGUUCGAUGGUGACAACAAAUCAUCAUCAAAAUUCGGUAAAUUGUUUUAAUACGGGCGCCAGUGGUGUGGCAGUGAGUAUGAAUAAUACCAUGUUGCCCGGUUCGAUGGGUAGUACACUGACAAAUACAAAUGUGGGUGCUGCUCCAUGUCCGUAUAGUACACCUGCCAAUCCUUAUAUGUAUCGUGCCGCUGCUGAACCUUGCAUGACCUCGAGUAUGUCGUCGAGUAUUGCCACCUUACGCUUGAAGGCUAAACAGCAUACAACCGGUUUUUCCAGUCCCUAUUCAGCACCCUCGCCUGUUUCUCGUUCCAAUUCAGCCGGCCUCUCAGCAUGUCAAUAUACCGGUGUUACAGAUGUUGUUUGAGAAAACGCCCUCGGGGCUCUGCUUAAUCAACAUCAACACCAUUUACAUCAUUUCUCCGGCAGUGGCGGUGGCAAUAAUUCCAGCAAUAGUGGCAAUCUCAAUACAAAUCUUCAACAACAUUUGCACAAUAAUAACAAUUCCUUGCUGCACAAUAACAAUUUGCUAAUGGACCAUCACGAUGCCGGCGACACCAAAUCCCCACAUGAUCUUCAACACUCGGAUGUGGCUGGCAACAGUGUCAAUGGUAAUAAUGGUGGUGGCGGUAAUUCGAAUGGUUUAAUGGGCUCCAAUGGCAACAACACUGAUGUAGUCGAUGACAAUGAUGAAGAUGUUAUCGAUUGAAAUCGACAACCAAUUUAUUAAAAAAUAUCAAAGAAAAUUAAAAAAAAAUAUCAAAAACAAAAACCCACACAAAAAAAUGUUAGUUUAUAAGUUUUUCUAAAAAAUGUUGUCAUCAAUCAACAUUUUUAGCAAAGAUCUAUGAAAAUAAUAAAUAAUUGUUAUUUGUAAAAACUUAAAAAUAUAAUAAAUUAAUAAAAAGAAAAUCGCAAGUAGUUUUUUAAUAUAAAUAAUAAAACUAAAUUUGUAAUUUAUAUAUUUAAUAAGUAAAAUAAAAUGGAUCUUUUAACAGAAAUCACUAUAAAUGUAGAAAUAACUAAGUGAUCCUCAUCAAAAUUUUGUAUUAAAAUAUUUUCGUUUGAUUUCUGUUUUAAGAUCCAUCAAAACUAUGUAAUGUAUUUUAUUAAAAUACUUAAAAAGAAAAAGAACAAUAACUACUUUAAAUUAUUUAAAUUUUCAAU